AUGGUUAUCUUAAACCGAACAGGUAGUUUAUCUGAGGCUGGACAAGAGAAAUGUCAUUUCACUCAGUUAACCGCACUCCUGGAUAAAGAUGCCUACUAUGUGAAGAGCCUUUUAUCGAGUUUCGUGUUGUGGGAGAAUGGGAAACAAUACCGCGACACACUACUCUCCCCUGCGGAGGUGAAGGAGGCGGUGCUAACGUCUAGAGGAGAGGCCGAGCGCGGAUUUCGCACCCGCACUCACCGGCUACCUGGUAGGCCAGCCACUGCCGCUAGCCGCCUGCAGAGCCCAGCCGCCUGGAGCGCCUCCGGAACCUCAGAAGAUAGUCUGGCCGAAGAAACGCUAUCUAGCCUCAGCGCCCAAGGCCAGCAAAGAGUAGGUGAGAGAGACGGGGAGCAAGGGGCGGGCCUUCCGAGUCUCGUGGUCCCGGCCGCCUCACGUGACGCUGGCGCAGUGCGAGUCCACCCAGCUGCCAGGGAAAGCCGCCGUUUGGGCUUCGCUUGCUCUGUGGCGGAGAUGCCGUGGGUCCUCGGCAUCCGGAGAAGCAGAUUAGCUGUCCAAAUCCAGCCUUCAGGUCCUACGAAGAGUAGCGGUGGAGCUUGGUGGCUGCGGAGGCUGACAGAGAGAGAGAAACAUCAGUUGGUUGUCUCCCAUACGCACCAAGACCCAGGAUGGUCUGUGCCUGAACCAGGGAUAAAAACGCACAACCCAGAUGUGACAGCACCACCAGGAGCAACAUGUUUUAAUAGGAAGCCACCAGCUUCUGGUCCUGAGAACAUCUACCUUUGAAGAGACAUUAAACACCUAAGCAGAAUGACUUGGUCAGCUGGUGUCAGUCAGCUCUUCAUGAGCCACCCCAAUACUGGCACAAUGGAUUCACAAAUAUAGAAGAUAUGAUUGCAAGGAGGAAGGUCAUACAUGGACCCAACAGCAUUAUCUCCCACUCACCCAAGUUAACUAAUGCUAUUAGAUUAACUAGUUAUCAGAAACCAUUGCUGAGACCCAUUACUACACUCUCCCCUUUUUAAAAACUUUUUAUUUACUUUUUUUUUUAGAGAGGGGAU